AUGACCGUAAAAUACAAUCUAGCCGUGUCGACAUCACGACCAUGGACAUUGUUUAAGUUGUUGUUUCGGUGGAGAGGAAGCAUCUGGAAAUCUGUUUUGUUGGAACUAUUUGUAUGGCUAGUGCUGUUUGCAAUUAUUACUAUUGUCUAUCGUACAGCGCUUCGUGACUCUCAAAAGGUUUUCGAACAAUUUGUUCAAUACUGCGAUGAAAAACUUGGCUAUAUACCGCUUAAUUUUAUGCUUGGUUUCUUCGUCACAUCGGUACUGAACCGCUGGUUGCGAUUUUUUGACAAUAUUGGAUACAUUGAUAACAUAGCAUUAAUGGUAUCUGCAUAUGUGAAAGGUACCGAUGAAAAGACUCGGAUGAUGCGCAGAAACAUUGUCCGUUACUGUGUUCUUUCGCAAGCACUCGUAUUUCGUGAUAUCAGCCUCAGAGUACGAAAACGAUUCCCAACGAUUGACUCGUUGAUUUCUGCAGGUUUUAUGAUGGAACACGAAAAAGAGAAAUUUGAAGAGUUUAAUCAGUUUCGGUAUAACCGCUACUGGAUGCCAUUUCAGUGGGCAUUAUCUAUAUGUCAAGAAGCUCGUGUACAGCAAAAAAUUGCUAGUGAUGUGUUGCUAGAAAAAGUUGGCGAAGAAAUCAAAAGUUUUCGUACAAAUAUGGCAGUUUUAUGCAACUUUGAUUGGGUUCCUUUGCCAAUUAUGUAUCCUCAGUUGAUUGUUAUGGCUGUACACACAUAUUUUAUUGUCUGCGUCUUCUCACGACAGUUCGUGAUCUCUGAUCUCGCACCCAACAAAACCAAGAUGGAUCUCUACUUCCCUGUGAUGACAACACUUCAGUUUAUUUUUUACAUGGGUUGGUUAAAAGUUGCUGAAGCAAUGCUAAAUCCAUUUGGUGAAGAUGAUGAUGAUUUUGAAUGUAACUUUCUUCUCGACAAAAACUUGUCGAUUGGUUUAACUGUGGUAGAUCCGGGAUACAAUAAGACUCCAACUAUUGAAGAGGAUAUCUUCUGGAACAAUGAAGUGAAGCCACUAUAUACAGUCAAGUCUAUGCAAGAAGAACAACCACGAAGUGGCCUAACUGGCUCAACCGCGAACAUGACUGUGAAGUACACAUUAGACGUAUCCACGUCAAAGUCGUGGACUUUGUUCAAGCUGCUGUUCCGAUGGCGAGGAAGCAUAUGGAAAUCCCUUAGUUUUGAGCUGUUCAUUUGGUUGAUUACUUAUGCAAUAAUAACCUUAAUUUAUCGGCUAGGCUUGAAAGGAACGUCAAAAACUGAAUUUGAGCGGUUUAUUGCUUAUGUGGACAGCAAAUUGGAUUAUGUGCCUGUCGAUUUCAUGCUUGGAUUUUUUGUUACUUCUGUUCUUAAUAGGUGGACGCUGUUCUUCUCCAACAUCGGAUAUAUUGACAAUAUAGCAUUGAUGGUGGCAGCAUAUGUUCGUGGAACAGAUGAAAAAACACGGAAAAUGAGGCGAAAUAUUGUUCGAUACUGUGUACUGUCACAAGCUUUAGUGUUUCGUGAUAUCAGCAUGAGGGCAAGACGGCGUUUCCCAACAUUAGACGCCAUCGUUGAAGCAGGUUUUAUGUUGGAACAUGAGAAAAAACGUUUUGAAGAAUUCAGUGAAUUUCGUUACAACCGAUAUUGGAUGCCUUUUCAGUGGGCACUUUCAUUAUGUGAUGAUGCCCGUCGACAACAGAAAAUUGCAAGUGAUUAUCUGCUGAGAAAAGUCGGUGAGGAAAUCAAACUAUUUCGUACAAAUAUGGCAAUACUCUGCAACUACGAUUGGGUUCCGCUGCCAAUUAUGUAUCCUCAAUUAAUUGUUAUCGCUGUACAUGUGUAUUUCUUAAUAUGUGCAUUUUCAAGGCAAUUUAUCAUUUCAGAAGAAGCAAAAGACAAGUCUACGAUGGACAUUGUAUUUCCAGUUAUGACAACGUUACAGUUUAUUUUCUAUGUGGGAUGGUUAAAAGUUGCCGAAGUUAUACUGAACCCGUUUGGAGAAGAUGAUGAUGAUUUUGAAUGCAAUUUUUUGCUGGAUAAAAAUUUAGCUAUACUGUUUAAAAAUGCUCUUUUUUUCUCUUUGUGUUAUAUUGUCGAUGACGGAUACGGAAAAACACCUCAGAUUUUGAAAGACAGCUUCUGGAACAGACCCAUAGAACCUUUGUACACCGCGCAAGCGAUGCACCAGGAAAGACGACGUGUCAGUGGUAUCACAGGAAGUGUAGCCAACGUUGAGUAA